GGCCCGGCUCGGCCCGGCCGCCCGCGCACGGCUCCUGGAGAGCCCCGGGCCCGGCCCGGGCGGCGGCGGCGGCUGUAGCCCGAGGCCUCGGCGGUGCCCUAGCGCCGCGCCGCAGCCAUGGCCCUGGUGACCCUGCAGCGUUCGCCCACGCCCAGCGCCGCCUCCUCCUCCGCCAGCAACAGCGAGUUGGAGGCUGGCAGUGAUGAGGAUCGCAAGUUAAACCUCAGCGUAAGCGAGAGCUUUUUCAUGGUGAAAGGAGCAGCCCUCUUCUUACAACAGGGAAGCAGCCCUCAAGGCCAGCGAAGUCUCCAGCAUCCCCACAAGCAUGCAGGGGACUUGCCUCAACAUCUUCAAGUAAUGAUCAACCUUCUGCGUUGUGAAGAUAGAAUCAAGCUGGCUGUGCGCUUGGAGAGUGCCUGGGCGGAGCGGGUCCGCUACAUGGUGGUGGUGGACAGCAGCGGGCGCCAGGACACCGAGGAGAGCAUCCUGCUGGGAGUCGACUUCUCCAGUAAGGAGAGUAAAAGCUGUACCAUCGGGAUGGUUCUCCGACUGUGGAGCGACACAAAAAUCCACCUGGAUGGAGACGGUGGAUUCAGCGUCAGCACAGCAGGAAGGAUGCAUGUCUUCAAGCCCGUGUCUGUCCAGGCCAUGUGGUCUGCCCUGCAGGUCCUCCACAAGGCCUGCGAAGUGGCUCGAAGGCACAACUACUUCCCCGGGGGCGUGGCGCUCAUCUGGGCCACCUACUAUGAGAGCUGCAUCGGCUCUGAGCAGAGCUGCAUCAAUGAGUGGAACGCCAUGCAAGACCUGGAAUCCACACGGCCCGACUCCCCCGCCCUGUUUGUGGACAAGCCAACCGAAGGGGAGAGGACUGAGCGUCUCAUUAAAGCCAAACUCCGCAGCAUCAUGAUGAGUCAGGACCUGGAGAAUGUGACAUCCAAAGAAAUCCGUAAUGAAUUAGAGAAACAGAUGAACUGUAACUUGAAAGAAUUCAAGGAAUUCAUCGACAACGAGAUGCUGCUUAUCUUGGGGCAGAUGGACAAGCCCUCCCUCAUCUUCGACCAUCUUUAUCUCGGCUCUGAAUGGAAUGCAUCCAAUCUGGAGGAACUGCAGGGCUCAGGUGUUGACUACAUUUUAAAUGUCACUAGAGAAAUCGAUAACUUUUUCCCUGGCUUAUUUGCAUAUCAUAACAUCCGAGUCUAUGAUGAAGAGACUACAGACCUCCUCGCCCACUGGAACGAGGCGUACCAUUUUAUAAACAAAGCAAAGAGGAACCAUUCCAAGUGCCUGGUCCAUUGCAAAAUGGGUGUCAGUCGCUCGGCAUCCACGGUCAUAGCCUAUGCCAUGAAGGAAUUUGGCUGGCCCCUGGAGAAGGCAUACAACUACGUGAAGCAGAAACGCAGCAUCACACGUCCCAAUGCGGGCUUUAUGAAGCAGCUGUCUGAGUAUGAAGGCAUCUUGGACGCCAGCAAACAACGGCACAACAAGCUGUGGCGGCAGCAGACGGACAGCUGCCUCCAGCAGCCUGUGGAUGACCCUGCGGCGCCUGAGGACUUCCUGCCAGAUACCCUUGACAGCACCCCGGAAGCCCAGCCACCCUGUUUGGAUGAUGCUGCCCAGCCUGGGUUCCCAGGCAGCAGGGCCCCAGAGGACCCUGCUCUCCCCUGCUGUUUCCGGCGACUCUCAGACCCCCUCCUGUCCUCUCCCAGUGAUGAGAGCAGUGGCUUGGUCCAACUGGAGGACCUGGAGAGGGAGGCUCUGCUAGAGGAAGCCACUCAGCCUGCGGAGGCGUACAAGCCAGUCCAACAUCCCCAGGAAGGCCCUGGACUCUGUGAGAAGGACGGAAAGAAGAAGCUAGAGUUCGGGAGCCCCAGAGCAUGGGGCAGCUCAUCGUCACCACAGGUGGAGGACAUGGAAAGGGAGGAGGCGCCACUGCCACUGCUGGGAGCAGGGAGGUGGGGGCGGCCCACAACCCAGCUCGAUAACCUGCUCAACCGGGAAAACCUCAAUAACAACAACAGCAAGAGGAGUUGUCCUGACGACUUCGAGCAUGACGCUAUCUUUGGGAUCCUUAACAAAGUGAAGCCUUCCUACAAGUCCUGCGCCGACUGCAUGUACCCUCCAGCCAGUGGGCCUCCUGAGGCCCCCGGGGAGCGAGGCAAGAACCCCAGCGCUCCUGCCAUCUGCAUCCAGCCCACCUUCCUGCCCCACCUCGGGUCUCCCCCCGUGGCCCACUUGUCUAGCAGGUCCCGAGCUUCGGAGAAAAUGGCCUCUGGCCCAACCGAAGCACCUCUAUUCCCGCCACCAGGAGGCUCAAGGAGGCCAGACAGUGGGGGUUCUGGGGCAGGUGCUGCCCCAGAGCUGCCAGCCAGCCUUUUGGAACCUUCCAGAGAGACUCAUAAAGUCCUACCAAAGUCCCUCCUCUUGAAGAAUUCUCACUGUGAUAAGAACCCUCCCACCAUGGAAGUAGCAAAGGAGGAAUCGCCACCCAAGAAAGAUCUAAAGCCAACCAAGGACCUGCGGCUCCUGUUCAGCAAAGAAUCUGAGAAACCGACCACCAACAGCUACUUGAUGCAGCACCAGGAAUCCAUCAUCCAGCUGCAGAAGGCGGGCUUGGUCCGCAAGCACACCAAAGAACUGGAAAGGCUGAAGGGCACACCCACUGACCCUGGGUCCCCCUGCAGGGACGGUCCCGCCGGCAGGCUGGAGGCCAGCAUUCCCGAGGAGAACCAGGACCUGGCUCCUGGGGACAACGACGAGAGGCCCGAGGCCAGCCCCCCUCCAUCGGAGGGAGCUCUGCUGAAGAGCCCCCCGCCUUUCCUCGGCCGCCCGGACCACACCAGUCACUUCUCAAAAGACUUUCUGAAGACCAUCUGCUACACCCCCACCUCGUCCUCCAUGAGCUCUAACCUGACCCGGAGCUCCAGUAGCGACAGCAUCCACAGCGUCCGAGGGAAGCCUGGGCUGGUGAAGCAGCGCACACAGGAGAUCGAGACCCGGCUCCGGCUGGCGGGCCUCACCGUCUCGUCCCCGCUCAAGCGCUCACACUCCCUCGCCAAGCUCGGGAGCCUCAACCUCUCCACGGACGACCUGUCUAGUGAGGCCGACGUGUCCACCGUCGCUGACUCCCAGGAUGCCAAGCUGAGCGAGUCUUCCUUCUUGCAGGAGCCCCAGGCUGCCCCCAGGGACCCUGCUGUCACCUCGAAACCAUCAGGGAAAUCUGUCCCGGAAAACUUGAAAAACCCUUUGUGGAUGAACAGAAGCUGACCCGCCUUUUGCUGCGUUCAGACUUGUGAUCCUUCCCUUAGUUUCACUGUGGAUUUUGGUCCACUGUUUCCAUCUUAAUUUCCCUUCAACAAUUGGCAUGAUCCUCACUUUUCCUCCCCUCUUGCUAAAAAGGGGAGAAGAAGACACAAAAAUAACUUAACACACAGCACAAGGGAGAAAAGGGAGUAUCAGUCAUGUGGCCUGAGAGACCCAGCAGCUGUCGGCCAGUAGACUCUGACCCUGCCCCCAAAUCAGGUGUUUCCAAAAGACUCAUACUUCAAGAGGUACAUAUACAGAUAUGCACACACAUCAAAAACACUGUGCACAACCUGCAGAAGAAUAGCUGUGGCGAUGGGCGUCACCACCACGGCGCAUGUUCUAGCUCAAUCAGGCCCUUGUGGGAAAACUCAUGGAUGGCAGUGGAAAUCCUACCUCUGUUCCUGCUGUGCUUUUUAUUCUUAAAAUCCAGUAAUGACCAAGACUCAUUCCAGGGGAAAAUGCUGUGUCGGAAAAGAUUUUUCCAGAGGAGAACUUGUUGGGACCCACCCCAAAAGUGGUAAGACUUUUAAGUCGACUAGACCAAGCACUGCUCAUUAAAGUGACAUGAAGGCGA